AGUCACGUUAAUAGAAGUCCGCCAUCUUGGCCAAAGUCUUUAGCUGUUGACGAGGAAUAAACUUUGGUUGAAUUUUGCGCGGUUUUUGCCGGUUUCUCAUCGGUUUUAACGAUGGGGAUAUUUUCAAAUUCUUCAACGUUUGAUUCUCUACUUGAAAAAGCAACGAGCCAACUUCUUUUAGAACCAGACUGGAAUAGCAUUCUUCAGAUUUGUGACUGUAUAAGACAAGAAGAUGUCAUCCCUAAAUACGCAAUGGCAGCCAUGAAGAGGAAGAUAUACGACAAGAACCCUCACGUUGCGAAAUUUGGAUUGAUCGUUUUAGAGGCAUGUGUUAAGAAUUGUGGAGCCCCCAUGCACAAAGAGGUUGCUACAAAAGAUAUUAUGGAUUUCUUUAGAGAACUGGCUAAGACCAGCCCAGAACCAGUCAAGGAGCAAAUUCUAAGCAUGAUUCAGACAUGGUCAACUGCAUUUCGCAAAGAGCCAAAAUACAAAGUUGUUCAAGAUACAUUUAAUCUUAUGAGAAUGGAAGGAUAUAAAUUUCCUUCCAUGAACGAGUCAAGUGAUGCCUUGUUCACAGCAGAAACAGCCCCAGAAUGGGCGGAGGGUGAUGUUUGUCACAUGUGCAGAGUCAAGUUCUCCACAUUUCAAAGACAGCACCACUGUAGGAAUUGUGGCCAAGUGUUUUGCCAGAAGUGUUCUUCUAAAGUUUCUAUUAUUCCACAAUAUGGCAUAGAAAGAGAAGUACGGGUCUGUGAUCCAUGUUUUUACAAGAUCAAUCCAUCGGCAGGGAAAAGUGAAGAAAGCUCUAGUAAGAAGUCUGACAGUACAUCUUCAGAUUCUGAUUUGCCAGCGGAAUAUCUUAACAGCCCUCUGAGCCGUGAAAAUCAGGUCCCAGCUAAGAAAUCUGAACAAGAAAUUCGAGAUGAAGAAGAGGAAGAGUUACAGCUGGCCAUGGCGUUAUCACUGUCACAGGAAGAGGCUGCUAAGGAUUUUACUUUCCACUUAAAGCUUGCACGAUAUCUCAAUCGGUCUUACUGGGAGGAGAGAAAUGAAAGGCAGAGUUCAAGACAAAGAUCAAGUCCACCUGCCAGUGCACCAGAACAAACACAAAUUGCUAACAAUUCCACUGAGCUGGAUAGUGUGAAUUCACCUACGUCAGAAGUAUCAGAAGCUAUGGUGAAAACCUUUCAAGGUAACGUUGAGAUGUUACUUGAACGAAUGCAGAAAGUCUCUGGUCAGGGAAAACACAUCGCUAUGGAUGCUACAGUGCAGUCUCUAUUUCAAACUGUCAGCGCCAUGCACCCGCAGAUUUUGAGACUUAUCGAGGAACAGGAAGAGGAAAAAGCAAAAUUCGAGGCUCUUCAGGUGAAGCUGGGCUUGGUACAUGAAGCACGCUCAUCCCUAGAAGAGAUGCGUGAACAACACCGCGAGAAAGUUCACCAGCAAGAACUAGAACAGGACAUGCUGCGGCGCAUGCAGAUAGAACAGAAACUUGAGCUCAUGCGGCAGCAGAAGGCUGAGUACCUGGCUUAUCAGCAGCGCCUACAGACUGAACGACAGGCGGUCAUUGAACAACAACAGCAGCAGCAACAAAGACUCCAGUAUCAAAGACAGAUGCAACAGCAACAGCAGAUUCCGUACGGUGGCAUCCAGUACCCACCCGCGGGUGAUUCCAGUCCCUACUCGUCAUUAACUUAUGUUCCCAUGACAGCAUCGAGUACGCAACCUUACAAUCCCCAGAAUGUACCUGCAGGUUAUACCCCAGCGGUACCUCCCGGAUAUCAGGUUCCUGAUGCUCCACCGCCCUCGCAGUACCCCUCACGUCAAACUGAGCCUCAGCCGAGCUCAAUAGAGUAUCAACCGCCGUCAUAUGCAUCCCAAGUUCCGCCAGAAGCUGGUCCAGCAUCACUUCAGCCUUACAACCCUGGGGCUCCUCUUCCAGUUCCAACUGCUCCUGCGCAAGUGCUUCCUCAGGCACCACCCCCUCAGUAUGCACAAGUUAGCUCCCAACAACCAGCUGCUCAGCCACUCUAUGGACAAACAGGAAGUCAGCAGCCACCAGCGCAAGCCUCGCCGCUGAAUCAGUUACCAGGGGCACCACCUCCAGGUCCUACCGUGCAGCAACCUCAGUAUAAUCAGAUUCCUCCACCACAAGGUCAGUCCCAACACCUGCAGCAAACACAAUAUUCCAACCCGGCUCAGACAGCACUAGUACCAGAAGCUGCACCACCCCAGUACCCACAACCUCCAUCUCAGUUCCCACAAACUAAACCACAUCAAACUUUCCAACCUCCCCAAACUAACGGAUACCUUCCGCAAGGAGAUACCUCACGGGGAUCCCCCCAAAUGCUGUUUAAUUCUGUACCGACACAGUCACAACAUAACAUGGGCGCACCAAAUGGCCCUGCUUCGUUUCAACAAGGGCCUCCAGUGCAGCCAGGAGGCCCAAUGCAGCAAGGGCCUCCAUUGCAACAAGUUCCCCCAGUACAGCAAGGGGCCCCAAUGCAACAAGGAGCCCCAAUGCAGCAAGGGCCUCCAAUGCAACAGGGGGGCCCAAUGCAGCAAGGGCCUCCACUGCAGCAAGGUCUCCCAAUGCAGCAAGGGCCUCCAAUGCAACAAGGACCUCCAAUGCAGCAAGGGCCACCAGUGCAGCAGUUCUAUGAACCACAGCAACAGCAGCCUCAGCAAUACGCGCCGCAACAAGGUUAUCAACCUGCUCCAACUCAACCGCCACCAGGCCAACAGCAACCACCGCCACCACAGUACUUUGGGUCAGCGCCACCUCCUCAACAAUCGGGCCCAGCCCCCCAGAGACAGCUCUCUGAUUUAGAACUGAUCUCUUUUGAUUAAAUGAAACAUUGAACGUCUUAAAAUACUUAUCUUAUUUUGGUGAUGUUAAUCAUUUUGAAGGAUUGUUUCCGCGAUAUCGUCAAUAUAUGCAAAAGUGAUAAUCAUAAGAUAGCUUUAAAUGGGAAUAUAAUUUCUACCAUCAGUUUAAAUUAAUUGGAAAUGUACAGAGUGGAGAAAUACACAACAUAGGGGAACAUUUUUUGUACAUUUUAGUGACAGUUCGUGUUGCGUUGUUAGCUAUCUUUAACAAUAGCUCAAUACACUAGAUAAAACAACAGUAUUGGUUUUCUCUAAAUAAUAUUUCUUUAGUAAAUUAGAAAUUCUGACCGUGGUAGUUUUGCGCGAGAUAUUUGAACUUGAGGUUCUCCUCGGAGUGGAUUAGACGCCACCUGGGAAUUCAUUUGUAGGUAACAAAUACUGGUAUUGUCAGUUGUACUAUGAGCUUUUACAUUUUUUCCUCAUAAAGUGUAAAUACAUGAGAAUGAACUUCGCCAAAAAUUUAAUAAAACAGAACAACAUAGA